AUGUACCAGAGCCUGGCGCUGGCCCCGAGCCCCAGCCAGGCCGCCUACGCCGACUCGGGCGCCUUUCUGCACGCGCCGGGCGCCGGCUCCCCGGUGUUCGUGCCGCCCGCGCGCGUCCCCUCCAUGCUGCCCUACCUGCCGGCGUGCGAGCCGGGCCCCCAGGCCCCCGGGCUAGGCGCGCACCCCGGCUGGGCGCAGGCGGCGGCCGCAGACUCCUCAGCCUUCGGCUCCGGCGGCCAGCACCCGCCGGCCGCCCAGCCGCCCGGAGCCACCGCCUGCCCCUUUCCGCACGGCCCCCCCGGGCCCGGCAGUGGGGGCGGCGCGGGGACCCGGGACGGCGGCGCCUACCAGGGCGCGCUGCUGGCGCGCGAGCAGUACCCGGCCCCGCUGGGGCGGCCGGUGGGCGCGUCCUACCCCGCCGCCUACCCCGCCUACGUGAGCACCGAGGUGGCCCCGUCCUGGACCUCCGGACCCUUCGAAGGCAGCGUCCUGCACGGCCUCCAGGGCCGCCCAGCUGGCCUCCCGAGCCGCAGAGCCACCUUCGUGCCGGACUUCCUGGAAGAGCUCCCUGGUGAGGGUCGCGAGUGUGUCAACUGCGGGGCCCUGUCCACGCCGCUGUGGCGCCGUGACGGCACCGGCCACUACCUGUGCAACGCCUGCGGCCUCUACCACAAGAUGAACGGAGUCAACAGGCCGCUCGUGCGCCCACAGAAGCGCCUGACCUCGUCCCGCCGCGCUGGCCUCUGCUGCAGCAACUGCCACACGACCAACACCACGCUGUGGCGGCGCAACGCGGACGGCGAGCCGGUGUGCAACGCCUGCGGUCUGUACAUGAAGCUGCACGGGGUGCCUCGGCCGCUGGCGAUGAAGAAGGAAAGCAUCCAGACGCGGAAACGCAAGCCCAAGAACGCUGCGAAGACCAAGGGCUCUUCAGGAUGCAGCACAGGGAACCCCACGGCCUCCCCGCCCGCUGUCCCGGACACUGAGAGCUCAGCAGCUACUUUGAAACCCAAAUCCAACCUGGCAUCCCCUUCGUGCCCUGGGUCCAGCGUCACCUCCCAGGCCUCUGGCCAGGUGAAUGACCCCCUGGCUCCCAGCCACUUGGAGUUCAAGUUCGAGCCCGAGGACUUUGCCUUCCCCUCUGCAGCCCUGGGCCCCCAGGCUGGCCUCGGCGGGACCCUGUGCCAGGAGGCCUGGUGUGCACUGGCCUUGGCCUAGGGCCUCGGGCGUCCAUCGGACCCGCCUCGCUGCCUGCCUGGCUCCAACACGGCAGAGGGGGACCAUCCGGUCCAUCCACCAGAAGACGAGCCAGCGGGACCUUGAGGCGCUGGGCAUCCCUCAACACGGUGGCGGGGAGGUCUUCUGUACAGA